AUGACCCUUGACGAACUCAACUCCUAUGAAAAGCCCAGCGACGCAACCAGGCGUGUUUCUAUUUUCACCAUCAACGGCACUCUCAAGGACCUCGAAACGUAAUAUUUUUUUUUACAAAAAUAGGGAAAAAAUUAUUUUUGAAAGGAAAGAACUACAUAACUGUAUUUCAGUAUAGCGAUUCUAGACCAACGAAAAACGGAAUGGCGGUCUAUGUGGAUUUCCAUCGCCAUGCAGUUUGUAGUCGGCGUUCAAAUCUCUAUCUUCUACAUGUCCAUGUGGCCUUACCUAAGCGGGGUUUUCUUCGUUUUAAUUAAUUUUUAAGAAAAGAGGAAUUUCGUCUUUUUGAGGUGCACUAUUUUCACAGACGAAUCAGGAGGGUACCACAAUUUAUCCACAAAAAAGAUACCUCUCAAAAUGGAUCGGGAAGACUCCAUAAUGGGUCCAUCGUGAGACCUCCAGCAUACCUUUUAGCUAUGUCUGAGCCAUCUCGGAGGUACUCGAGAGUCUCCCUCGAGUCUAUCUCAUUUAGCUCAAAGUCCUCAGAGGUAUACUCGACGUACCAUCGUGAGGCUUCAGAGUCUACGAUAUACCUCAGAGGGUCUCCCUUUCUCGAAUAUUCGUCUAUUUUUUCAUAUAUAUAUUAAGACAAAGUUUAAAGUUCUUUUCAGCUUGAUCCAACAGCCGAUAUGGACUUUCUCGGAUGGGUAGUUGCAGCGUGCAACAUCGGCUGCACAUUCGUACGUUUUCAUUUUUAUUUUUAUUUUCUAUUUUAGUCAACCAUUUGAGUCCAACCCGAUAUAUGGAUGGUGGAACCAGAGAACCAUGUCAGUCAAGUGGCCAACUAUUGUUGGAUUCAUUAUUGCGGCCGUUGGUAAGUUUUCAUUUUUCGAAGUAAAACUGGGAAAAUAGUUCUUUUCAGGACAAGCAUUUUACGGUAUGGUGGGUGUAUUGGAUAAUAAUGUGAAGUGGUACAUGCUCGCAGCUCGGAUAAUAACUGGAGUUGGUGUUGGUGAGAAAUUUCAACUUGAAAAAGAAGAAAUAAACGAUAAUUUGAGGGAAUCUGGCGGCUUUACGGGCUUACGGAGCCACGGCCUCGGUGCCCCACGAUAGACUCAAGGCAAUUUCUUUCGGCACUGCCGGCUUCGUUUUUGGAAUUUCGUUUGGUCCUGCUAUUCAGGUUCGGUUUCCAGUUAUAAACCAAAUUAUAUAUUUGCUGAUGUCAACACCCGAACUUCCAGCAGUUAUCUUAUCGUAUUUAAUUAAAUUCCUUUUUAAAGAAAAUUUCGAAGCAGAUUAUUAGGAAAAAAAAGCUUAUCUCCAAUAACUUUUCUUUAGUAAAGAAAAAAACAUUUCCUGUCAAUAAAUAAAAGACGUUCGAAAACAAAACGUCAUUCUUUUUUUAUCAGAAAACGCGUUUGUUUCAGAUUAGAUAAAUAAACUUCAAGCUUUUUUUAUUGGGUUUGAAAAAGUUAUCUUGUAAAUCUAUAGCAACCGAAUAAAGACAUGAAUUUACCUUAAUUAGAGAAAGUUCGGAAGAAAUAACACUAUCAAAAUAAACAUUUAUUCUUAGAGUUUCCUUUUGCUAAACUUCGCUUCAAAGUUUUUUGCUUUCGGAAUUUUCGGCAAGAAUAUUUUUGAAGAAAAUUUUAAACAUUGAAAGAAACUUCAGGCGUUUUUUACGCCUCUUGGAGAGAAUGGCUUCAAAAUUGGACCUAUUCCUGUCAACAUGUACACUUCAGCGGCCUAUCUCAUGACGAUUCUUUGCCUCGCCGCCUCUGUUUUCAUGUUUUUCUUCUUUCAUGAGGACUAUGCAGGGAUAAUUGAAGAUAAAGAGAAGCAAGGUUGAAUUCCUAUCAAUAUAGGGCAAUUCGGCAGAAAGUUACAGACAACGAGUUUAUGAAAGUGCCGAAAUACGAUUUAGGGCCAGCUCUGAUUUGCAUCUACCUCUACAUGAUUGUCAGCAUGAUCGCGACGAACAUCGAAGUGUGAGUCGCUUCGAAAACUCUCAGAUUCUGUCACUGGAUCUUUAGAAUGUCGACGCCGCUGUCAACAGUGCUUUUCGACUGGAAAGACAGCCAAUCAGUGAUGUACAACGGAAUAAUCGAAUCCAUCACUUGCCUCGUUUCUGUCAGCAUCAACCUGCUCAUUGGUUUCACCAGAAUUGGAAAGAUGUGAUUCUGGUCUCGAGUUCUUGUGUCAAAAAGGCUGCUUGAGCGAUAAACGGAUCCAAAUCAUAGUGGGUCUGGUUUUCUUCCUCCUCUACCACCUUGUCAACUACCCAUGGCCUUUCUACCCUCAUCCGUUGCAUUAUAUUCCAGAAGGUUUUCGUUCUGAUCGAAUCUUCUUCUACUAAUUCUGCCCCUCAGGAAGCAACACCACGGUCGUCGGCGGCUGUCUUCCUUCCUACGAGUGGUGUGCCCACACUUCGCGAGUUCCACUGCCGGUCUACAUCUUUGCCUUUAUCGUCUUUUUUGGAAUAGCUUUUCCCUUCGUUGAAUCGCCGGCAGCUGCUUUGUAUUCUGAAAUUCUCGGUCCACGCAAACAGGUUGUCAUCCUUCGAAAUCUCUGAACAUAUGUUCUGCAGGGUACAAUGCAAGGACUCUUCUCUUUUGGUGGAAGCGUGUCUCAGUUCGCCUCUCCUAUUCUAGCUACGUGAGUUUUUUUUCUUCAGAAAGUCGAAUAAAAUAGAGUUUAUAAAGGAAACCACGCGUUUGUAGAGAUAGAAUUGAACGACAGGAACUUUUUGGAAAGAAACUUUCCGUGUUUGAAGAUUCAUCCCAGUUUCCUGCUAAAACCUGUGAGGUUUUCUCUACAAAAGAAUCUUUUGAGGUUCCUUUUCCAACACUCUGGCUACAAGUACGUGAUCGUGACGCAGAUCUGCACUUUGUCGGUGGCUUUCCUCCUGAUGGCCGUCUUCUACCGGCGACUUCACCCCCUCCUCAUGAAACCCAAGAUUUUCCAAAAGGCUGUGUACAAGGGCGGAGUUUUCUACGCUCUUUGA